AUAACUUUUGCCCAUUAUUUGAUUAGGCUUUCAGGUAUUGGUCCAGGCUGUAGAACAACUUCUUGAAAACAAACCUUCUGAAAGUUUGUCCUCGGAUCAGCUGGCAUGGCUCUAUAGCAUCAUGAUAACUGCCACCUUGGUCAAAGUUUGUCUUUGGAUUUACUGUAGAAAUUCAGGAAAUGACAUUGUUCGCGCCUAUGCAAAGGAUCAUUAUUUCGACGUGGUCACAAAUGUAGUAGGAUUGGUAGCAGCUGUACUUGGAGAUAAAUUCUCCUGGUGGAUUGACCCAACCGGGGCCAUAGUCCUUGCAAUUUACACGAUAGUAAAUUGGUCUGGGACCGUCCUCGAGAAUGCAGUGUCACUAGUAGGGCGAUCGGCCCCUCCUGAAGUAUUGCAGAAGUUAACAUAUCUAGUUGUUGGGCACCCUGAAGUGAAACGCGUUGACACAGUCCGAGCAUAUACUUUUGGGGUCCUCUACUUUGUUGAGGUUGAUAUUGAGCUCCCAGAAGAUUUGCCCUUGAAAGAAGCUCACACCAUAGGAGAGAAACUUCAAAUAAAGCUGGAGAAGCUCCCCGAAGUAGAACGAGCGUUUGUUCAUCUUGACUAUGAGUGCGAUCACAAACCCAAACACUCUGUACUCAGCCGGCUGCCCGACAGUGAACCAUAGCCCAUAGCAUUGUCUACAUCUCAAUACUGUGUGGCAGCACAUCAACUAACAGCUUGUAGGAUAAUAUAAUACUUCAUCCAUUCAUAGAUGGGUGUAGCACUUGGGGUGUUUGACUGAAUUGUUGUCCAUUAAGUUAUAAAUUCCCUUUACUCGUUGGGG